UCCGUUUUUCUAACACUCGCGUGGGUGUUCGGGCGCGAUUAAAGGUCCUACCGUGGACUUCGUUUGAUUUCUUCAAAAUUUCGAUGGGAGUACUGCGCGAAUUUCGGCUUAAUAGUAGAAUCUACGUAAUUAUAACACACACGUGAGUGUCGCGACGCGAUUAGUAUUUCUAAGGAGUGCGCUUUGUUUGUUCGAAAUUCGGAAAGCACGAAUUCGAAUGUGCUUAAUAAUUCGUUAUGUCUGAAGCGGACGGUGCAAAAGGUGGAGCUAUCUGUAAGAGGUGUGUAGUAGCUGAGCUACGCAUACCCUGUUAGUUAAGAAGCCAGUGCAUUGAAGCGGAAAGGUAUUGCGGAUCGGUAUCGCGGAACGCGGAUUUUAGAGUAGAGUCACCGUUAGCUCGUGGGUCUCCACAUGCAGCAACCUCCACGUGGUGAGACCUGGGUCGAUAAUACUUGGAAAGACUAAUUGUAAAUUUUUAAAUGCAAGUAUUACCGAGCGAAUGGCUGCUUAAAUAAAUUUUGAUUUUGUAUAUGUAUAAGUUUAACUGUAAACAAGAAAUAAAAAAUUUAACAACUACUUACAUUAGCGUAUCAUUAAUAAACCCUUGUCAAUCAAUCUGUCUACAGGUAAGUAUAAUAAUCUAUACUAUUAUUUUUACUACAUACUACAAUUUUUCAAAAAUCUGGCACUAAUUCAAUUCUUAGAUAACGCGUGACAAGGGUAUUUAAUUUAUAAUGCACCAAUGCAAUAGGUAUAUAGUGGAGACAAUGUUUUCUUAUUGAGCUUAUAGUUCAUAUUUUGUCCAUACCUGUCGCUGAAGUCACAUACGCUACGGGCGAAAGAUGGUGAACAGCCUUAAUUAUAGAUAAAAGUCGUUUUUAUAUGGAAUCCAGGUGGCAGGUGCCUAGAAAGCAGCUGGUAAGAUGGGAAAGUUGUUGUCAAAAAUUUUUGGCAACAAGGAGAUGCGAAUUCUCAUGUUGGGAUUAGAUGCUGCAGGAAAAACUACAAUAUUGUAUAAACUUAAAUUAGGACAGUCUGUGACAACUAUACCGACUGUAGGAUUUAAUGUAGAAACUGUUACCUAUAAAAAUGUUAAAUUUAAUGUCUGGGACGUAGGUGGACAGGAUAAAAUACGUCCAUUAUGGCGUCAUUAUUACACAGGAACACAAGGUCUUAUUUUUGUAGUAGAUUGUGCAGACAGAGAUAGAAUUGACGAAGCACGUCAAGAACUCCAUCGGAUUAUAAAUGAUAGAGAAAUGCGUGAUGCUAUUAUUUUAAUUUUUGCUAACAAACAAGAUCUUCCUGAUGCGAUGAAACCCCAUGAGAUUCAAGAAAAGUUGGGGUUAACUAGGAUACGGGACAGAAAUUGGUAUGUUCAACCAUCAUGUGCUACAACCGGAGAUGGGCUUUAUGAAGGCCUUACAUGGUUGACUAGUAACCACAAAUUAUGAGCAAAUAUUUAUUUUUGAUCAAUUGGCUAAAUAUGGAAAAUAUACACCUGUAUUUUUAUUUUAAUUUAUCAUACGGAGGCUCUGUAAGGCACAAUUGACAUUGAUCGAGUCAAUGGGAUGAUUUCGAUAAAGAAAAGAUACUGCAAUUCAGAAAUGCUCCUUACAUACUGUGGUGUGUGUUCCAAUAAUAUUGAUAAAUAAGAGCAUAGUAAUAUAUCAUGAAGCCAACUAAGAGAAAUUGUAACCAUUAUUAUUAUUAUUAUUAUUAUUAUUAUUAAUUAGCUGUCCAUUGCCACCCAUAAAAUGUAAUUAAAACAUUAUCGAAUAGAAUUAUAUACUUUCAGACUGCAUUUUCUUAUAAUUUAAACACUUUUAGAAGCAUACAUAUUUAUAAAAAAAAUGUGCUGUAACGAUUACAAAAAUAUUUUAACAUUCACAACUUUAGCUGUGGUAUUAAGGAAAUUGUACAUCCUUACAGAUUGACAUGCCUUCUUCUGACUGUAUAUUAUUACAAUGUUUUAAUGUGGUCAUAUACUAUAACAGUACAUUGAUACACUAUGUAAUGUAUAAUCUAAAUGAUAAUUCACUUUUUCUACAACAGGAUAUUCACAAAAUUCAUCCAGUCCAUGUAGUCUUCCAGUUCUAGUGAAGUACGUGAAAGUGUAAGUCCAAUUGCAUAAUAUUUCCCUGUCUUACUUUAUUUUUUUAUAUUAUUAGCAAUUCAUACACUUUCAUACUUCACUUUAAUUGAAAUUCAUUAAUAUCUUAUACAAAAUGGACAUGUUCUUUCGCACAAACUAUAAGGGGCAAAAUAUCGUAUGACUUGCAGUUAUACACAUUGAUACUAUCAGUUAAAGGAACAUGUUAUUAUAUAACAACAUUCACACAUUGCCAACAUUUUUACUAUAUGCAAAAAUUAUUAUCAUUAAAUAAACAGUUAGAAUUAGGUUGCCAUAUUUCUGACACAAAUUGUAAGUUCUAUGAAAAAUGUAUCUUGCGAAUCCUUCAUUACUUUUUUAUAAUUAGUAGGAUAAGAACUGAAACAUGAAUUAAUAUUCACAACUGUUUAAUUAAAUUAUAAAUUCCAGUUUUUAUAUUAUUAAAAAGAAAGAGAAAAGAAAUACAAGUUAACAUUAUAUAUUAAUAAUCACAAUUAUAAGUCUAUAAAAACUGUUCCUUUAAUAAUUCAUAUUAGGCGACUUUCAUAAAAUCUCAAGUUGAAAAACAAAGGAACACUCUGUGCAAAAAUAUGAUCUAGAUUUAGAGAAGGAUAAUAAAAAUCGGGCUUUGGAAUAACAUGGUACUUUCUUUACCGAUAUGCAAUGAUCCUAAUGAAGGCUCUAUGGCUAUAUUAUUGAUACCAAUUCAUAACUCAUUUCAUAUUGCAAUGGAUCGACUAAUAAAAAUUUUCUUUGAUUUUUAAGUACAAAGCUUUUUAUUAAAUUUUCUUGUUUCACUACCCAUUACAUAGUUUAGAAUUUAUACAAAAUUAAACUUAAUCAAUGCAUUCCAAUAUCUCUUCAGUUAAUCUACACAAAAAUCCAUACAAUUUAACUAUCAUAUAAAAUCGUAUAUUUCAGAUAUUAAUGCUGAAGAGAAAGUGAUAUAGAAUUCUAUGUUAUUCCACAAGAAGUCAUACUUUUUUAUAUGCUCCAUUGUAUAUAAAACCAUAAGUAUUAUACGGGAUUGAUAAAAAAAUAUAAGCAUAAAUAAUAUCAUUAAAGUCAUGAUAAAAUAAAGAAUGUGCACACUACUUAUCUAUCUCACUUAUAUUGUGUCAUAUUUCAUAUCGACAUUUUUAAAAAAUUAUGAAACUUAUGUACAAUCUAAUCGUUAGUAUACAAUAUAAUUUUAAACGUUUAAUGUUAUUUCAAAAGUUUCUUAUUGAUUCAUAUGUGCACAAUCAUGUAUCUGUUUAUUUUCAAUGUAAAACCUGACUCUUAUUAAUGUCAUGCAAUUUUGCAUAUUUAUUCCUAUUAUUAUAAUAAAGGAAAUAUGAACAAAAUUGAAAGACAUUGAUAUAUAACCAUAGAGUACUUGUAUUAAUAACAAGCCAAAGCCUGAGCACUCUAUAACAAAUUUAUAGCACUUUUUUCAAUAUUACAUUUUAUUGUGCAUAUAAUGACUAUUUAACUAAUAGCAAUACAAUAAUAGGUUUUGCCGAGAACGGAGUAAUAAAAUCACUUAUGUACAAAAUAUAGACUUGAUUCUCAUACUUGUUGAUUACUUAUAAAUUGAUAUUACUAUGCAAAAAUAUUUUCCUGCCGCCCGAUGUAAAAUUAUCAUAUGCGCAGAUCUAUACAGGAAAUAGAUCAGUGCUGAAAAUAAGUUAUUAAUAAAAUUGCUUAUAUUAUAUGCCCUUCAUUUCCUUUUUCCAAUUUUGUUUUUCAAUUUUGCGCGACAGCAGAUUAUAUAUUUAUAAUAGUAUCAUGUUUAAUGACAUGCAAGUUAAAAUUGACUGGUAUCAAUUUUGAUUGAUGCAGAUGUCACAUCAAAUAAUUAUAUGAACAUACACACAUCUUUGUAAAAAAUAUUUUGCUUUUCUAUUAAUAGAAUUAACAAGAUAUGUAUAAACAUUAUGUCAAACUUGGGGGCCACAUGUUAUUAAGUGCUAAAUCAUGAAGACAUUGGAAAAUAAGCUGUAUUAGUUUACUCCAUAUUAUCUGCACUAACAGCCAAAAAUUCCUUUGCAUCAAAAAAUAAGAAAUUACGACACAAAAAGUAAAAAAAUAAAAAACCUGGCUUUUGCCUUUAAUAGACUAAAAAUUAUGUCAUAUAUUUAUAUAUUUUUGCUAUUAAAUAUUAUUAAUUUAAAAAAAAAAAAGAAAAAAAAAAAAGAAUCUUGAUCGGUAGACAUUGGAAUUGUAUUCAAUCUCUUUUGCAGUCUUUCAUAAAAAUACAGAAAAUAAUGUAAUAACAUAUGUGACUUUUAAAAUAAUACAAAUAUUUAAAAACUUGAUAGAGAUAGUAAAGGUGCAAUUGGAUUUUCCCGGUUUUUAGUGUAUGUAAAACACUAUUAUAGCACAAUCCAUAUAUACUUCUACAAUAAACAUAUUAGUUAUAUGGAAAUUUUUAUAAAAUGGAAGUUAAAGUAAUUUAAAAACUAUACAUGUUUAUGUACAUUAUUAUAAUUUGUAUAAUAAAGAUUUCUUUAAAUUCCUGAA